CGCCCAAACCCUAAGAGAACCCUACUCCUCGUCUCCUCCCCGCCGCCGGCAGCCGGGGCGCCACCAUGGCGGACGCCGUGCAGUACCGCCUCGAGCGGAUGUCCGACGAGCUCGACGACCUCGAGCGCAGGGGCCUCUUCACCCGCGCCGAGCUCGCCGAGGUCGUCCGCCGCCGCCGCGACUUCGAGUUCCGCCUCCGCCGCCGCUCCCCGCUCCGCGCGGACUUCCUCGACUACAUCGCCUACGAGCUCCGCCUCGACGCACUCCGCGACCUCCGCAAGCGCGCCAUCAUACGUGCCACCCCCGACAGCGACCACGACGACGACGACGCUGACGACGCCGACGAGAAGAAGAGGAGGAGGAGGAAGAAGCGCAAGGGGGGCAAGAAGUGGAAGAAGUCCGUCUCCGACGUCGCUGGCGUCCUCCGCGUCCUCGACAUCUACAGGAUGGCCACCGUCAGGUACAAGGGGGACCUCGACCUCUGGUUCCGCUACCUCGAGUACUGCCGCGACAAGCGCCACGGCAGAAUGAAGCAGGUUCUGGCACAAGCUAUUCGUUACCAUCCCAAGGUUCCUGGGCUCUGGAUUUAUGCUGCAGCAUGGGAAUUCGAUCAGAACCUGAAUGUUGCUGCAGCACGUGCUCUUAUGCAGACCGGUCUUAGAUCUUGUCCAGAAUCAGAGGAUAUGUGGAUUGAGUAUCUUCGCAUGGAGCUUACCUAUCUUAACAAGCUUAAGGCUCGGAAGGUUGCUCUUGGAGAGGAUGUCAAGACACUGCAAAAGAAGAAUGAUGAUUCAAGUACAUGGAAAGAGGAAAAUAAAGAACUGUUCAUGUCACUGAACGAACAAGAUGAAGGUCCUGAGGAGUCUGGCCCACAGGGAGUUGCUUUGGAGGGGAAGGAAGACCUAUUUUGGCAGCAAGGGCUGCUAAUCAUUCAAACCAUAUACCAUGGUGCUACGGGAGCUCUUCCUUUAAGCUUAACCUUGCGGAAAAAAUUCUUAGAGAUAUUAAAUAGUGUUGACCUUGCACAUUCUGAUGAACUGAAGGUAGAGGUCAUGGAUGACCUGAAGAAAGACUUCUCUCAUAGUGAGGACUACUGGGAUUGGUUUGCUAGGCUUCAGCUUAGUGACACAACUAGUUCCAGUAAUUUGAAUAGAAAGGAUGCUUUGUCAAAUAAAUUGAACAAAUCAAUACAGGUAUAUGAUGAAGCUGUCAGGAGGUUGCCAACUUCCAGAAUGUAUUCCCUGUAUGCAAAAUUUUGGAUGGGUGUUCUAUUUGCUGAUUCAGAAGAUUCCAUCGCAUUGUUUCAUGGCGGUGAACUUGAUGCUUCAGAGUUCACUUUGUGUAUACUGAAAGUCUAUCAAAAUGCUGAAUCAUGUGGUUGCCUUACUGAAGAUCUUGCCUGCCAAUAUGUCUCUCUUUAUUUGAGACUUGGAGGAUUGGAAGAGGCACCUGGAAGAUUAGAGGAAGCUAAGAACCUUGCCAAAAAGCUCUGCGAUGGUCCCCUUUCUCAUGCUGCAGAUCUCUGGAACCUGAGAACAUCUAUUGAGAUCAAAUCACUUGUUACUGCUACUGGCAGUUCUGCAUUCAGCAAGGAGAACUUGAGUUCUCUGUUUGAUCUAUUUAAUGUGGCACUUUCAAAGUUAUCCUUGCCUGAGGCUGAGGGAUUGUGGCACGCGGCCAUGAAAUUGUUUUCUCACGAGAAGAUCUAUUUUGAAAAGUUGGUGAAGUGUGCGAUUUUAGCAUUAAGUUCUGCUGGUGGGAAUGAUUGUGGAGCUUCAGUUUCUUCUGCUAUUGUUGGAUGGGUUUUACAAAGAGAUGGUAUCAAGCAAACUAGAAAGAUGUAUAAGAGAUUUCUGGCCUUACCGCGUCCAAGCCUCAAGUUCUUCCAGUACUGCAUAGAGUUGGAAACAAAUCUUGCAUCAAUCGGAAACGGAGACAGCCUUGUGAAUGCUCGUAAGCUGUAUGAUUCAGCCCUUGAUAUCUAUCCCCAGAAAAGAGAACUAUGGAGGAACUACUACAACAUGGAGCUGAAGGUGGGAACUUCAGAAACAGUAAAUGCUAUAUACUGGCGCGCUCGUAAGGUGCUUAAUGAUUCCACUGCACUGGAUAUUCCCCGAAGCUAGUGAUGUGUGACUUGUGUAUCAUGUAAUAUCAAUUUUGAUCUGAUCCAGUUAUUUGUUCUUGAAGCAUAUUAAGUGAACUUGGGUGGUGGAAGAAAAAUUUGGCUUCUGUCUGUUGGAUUUGUAUUGUGAACCUAACUAGGCUUCCUGAAAAUUUACAUACUCUGUAUGAUUGCCAAUUCAAGUCUGUACAUAUACUGGCAGAUCACCAAAUCAUACUAUUGGUUUAUCUGUUAUAUUAAUUUCGCCAAAGCCAGCAUUGACAAAAAUGGGCUGGCCUCAAGAGUUUUAAGUCUAUCAGAAUGGCUGUCAUUUUUUUUUUUGGCACGGCUGUUGCUUGUUCGAUGCCCAAACAUAUUUUUUGGGGGGCAAUCGAUGGCCAAAUAUGGACAGCCAAGACUAGAAAUUGAGCCAAAAUUUUAGUGAGGGGGGGUACUUUGCACGAUAUAUUUAUGGAUU